AUGUCAUGGCUUGCAGGCGAAUUUAUGACGCUACCAGCAGCCGCGUUCAAGAUUGCCAAGGAGCGGCUCCUACAGUUCCGCACAGCAAAGAAGAGAUUCCUUGAUAAACAUGUGCCAGGGUUGAAGGAUUGUCCAGAGCCUGGUCCGAAUGACCCGCCUCAUCCAAGUUUUUUCUUCAACAGACUACGUGUGCAUCAGGAAUAUUUCUUCCUGAAGCAGGGUGAGCGAGAUUUGAGGGCGCUCUAUGUGAUCUACAGAGGCAAUGUGGAGCUCAGACAAGAGAAGGAGAGCGGGUCAGCGGUCUGCCAGAAGUUGCUUCCAGGAAGCAUGUUUGGGUCUUGGAUCCACAGUGCAGUAGAGCCACUCUCUGCUGUGGCCGCAACUACAUGUGAGGUGUGGUAUGUCAAGGCCUCCGACAUGAGAUAUUUGCCGCAACACUUGCUGAAGACAAUUCAGCAUCACUUGUCCAUCGAAUAUGCAAAGCUGCUAAAGGCGGUGUAUGUCGAAAGAGCAUUUGGCUGGGACAAGCCUUUGCAUCUGCCAGAAACCCCUCGAGACUUUGAGCAAGAUGAUCCACAAAGAUGGGCUGAGCAAAUUGUUCGCGAGGUUCAAGACCAAGAGAUGCGCACGCAAUUUUUUGCCGCUACCAUUGGCCAAGAUCUUAUCAAUAGGAAAUGGCGAUGA